AUGGGUGAAUUCACAAUUCAGAUUAGCAACGACCUUGUUAAUAAGCUUGUUGAUGAUCCAGUGAUAAAGAAGAAAACUAGAAGGGUCAAACGUAAGGUGGCAAAAGAAACUGAAAAGCCCCAAUACAAUGUAGCUGAAAAAACCGAGAUUGCACCUGCUCCAGCAUGGCCAGUGCAGGCCCCUUUGUAUGUACCUGCAACAUUGCCAGUACACCCUUCCCAGUCAGAGUUGGAAGGCAUUCGGUCCGUGCUUCAUGAAAGUGAGAAGGUUUUGGAAAGAUUGCAGAAGCAGGAGGAGCAAAUGUUGCAGGAAGUAACCGAAAAGGCUAAGGAUCUCCAUGAGAAAGAGUAUAAGCUUCCAAACCCAAAGCCUGAACGUUGCAUGGCUGAGAGACUUGCUUCGUUAACAUGUUACAAGGAACAUAUCAAAGACCCUUUGAAGUGUGCUGGUUUUGUUAACAAUUUUGCUGAUUGCUUACGAAGGCUUGGCCCUUUAGAUCGCAAGUAA